AUGUUUAGCAGUUAAACCCCUAAUGCAUUUAUUCCGAAUGCUCAAUCCAGAUAUGUGAUAUCUCCAAGAAUAGGAUAAUCCAUGUAGGUUAAUCAGAAUUUUCAAUAUCAUCAUCAACUAACAGAAUAAGAGAAUAUCAAUUCAAAUCCAUCGGAACAUUUGCAUCUGCACCUUCACCAUCUAACUAAACUCUAUUUUAUGAUGCUCCUAUGCUAUUUCAUUGCCUUGUUUAAUUUAAUUGAUUUUGAAUCGAUGAAUGCAUUCUUUAAUCAAAAUGGAUAUUUUCUUUAUUUGUUUUUAGGAGCACUUCUAUUCAUAUCAGUGUUGUCUCUUGUAAUAGAUAAUUCAAUACUCUAUAUACUAUUCGUAAUUCUAUUCUAUUUUUUAUUUGCCUGCAUAAAAGCUGUGAAUAACAUGAAUGUGGCUUUGAUGAUGAUAUUCACUUAUGGAGGACAAGUGCUCGCCCAAUUUUUGAGUGUCCUAUCAGCCAACAAUGAGAAAGAUUUGUAAUUGCAUCAAUAAUCUUUAUAUAUCUUAACAAGUGGUUUGAUUGUCUUCUAAUUGUUCAUAACUUGUUUUGACAUUGACUUCUUUGAAAUGAUUGUCAUCCUCAUAACUGGGUUUGUUUUUGGAUUCUUUUUGGUAAUUUCAACAAUGAGCAAUGAAUCCAGAUUCAAUGGGAAUGCUUUACCUGAAAGCAUUAGUAUCUAUACUAAAAUCUUAGUUUAAAUUCUAAGGAAGGCUUAACAGAUAGCAAGUCUUUAUUACAAAGAUCCUGUGGAGGUGGAAAUAAAGUUAAUAGAAAGGAAUAAGAAGAUCGAUGAGAAUGAUUAUAAGAUGAUGAAUCAGAGUGAUGCCAAGAAUUAUCAACACUUGUUGAUAAACGCAUUGAAUGGCUUGGAUGGGUUGAUUGGAUUGAGUGAUGGCACCUUCAUAUAUAAAAAAGGAAUGAUUUAAUAUUCUAAUUCCAAAUUUGAAGAAUGCACCAAUGUGGCCAUUAUGAAAUUAUAAUGA